AUGGAGGUGCCCGCUUUCAGGCUGCUGGCCGCGGCAGCCCUGCUGCUCGCGUUUGUCGCUGGCCUCGUGAACAGAUGGCGGCGGAGAUCCAAGUAUGACCUUCACCGCAUUCCCGGCCCGCCGGCCUAUCCGAUCAUCGGCAACAUGCCCCAGUUGCUGCAGUGGAAGAAGCCGCAGAUGCACCUGAAGGUGCUGGAGUGGGUGAAGAAAUACGGGAAGGUUGUGAAG